UGGCUUUUGUAAAAAAAAAAAAAGAACAGAGACUUUUUCUCUGUCGCUGCACUAGUGCGAUCUCUUUUCUCUCUCUAAAAUUGUAGUAUAUUCUCUCAAUUCAAAACCCCAUUUUGUAUCAAAGCUUCUGUAUUUCUGGGCUUGUUUUUGUUUCGUUGAUAAUGGCGGGAGGAGUGAAUAGGAAGAUUUCUGCAGCAUCAGCAAGGGCUCACACCAGAAAAGCCAAACAAAGCAAUUCUUUUCAGCUUCCUUCAGGUAUGCUUAAGAAAGUGGUAGCUUUGUUGUUUGUGGGAAUUGUUUCAUGGGCAUACCAAGCAAUCCAACCUCCUCCACCUAAGAUAUGUGGUUCUCCAGGAGGGCCCCCAGUUACAGCCCCAAGAAUAAAACUCAGUGAUGGAAGACAUUUGGCCUACAAAGAGCUAGGCGUGUCGAAAGACAGUGCUAAGUAUAAAAUUAUCUCUGUCCAUGGCUUUGAUUCUUGCAGGCAUGACAGUAUUGCUAGAUUCCUAUCUCCGGAACUUGUUCAAGAACUAGGUGUCUACAUUGUGUCAUUUGACAGACCUGGUUAUGGAGAGAGUGAUCCUAAUCCAAAGCGCACAUUGAAGAGCAUGGCUUUGGAUAUAGAGGAGCUUGCUAAUCAAUUGGGACUAGGUUCCAAAUUCUAUGUAGUUGGUAUUUCCAUGGGUGGACAGCUCACUUGGAGUGUUUUGAGAUACAUUCCUCACAGGUUAGCGGGUGCAGCACUAGUAGCUCCUGUUGUAAACUUCUGGUGGACUGGUUUCCCUGCAAAUUUAUCUAAUGAAGCCUUCAAUCAACAACUUUGGAAUGACCGGUGGGCACUAGGCGUUGCCCACCGCACCCCUUGGCUGACAUACUGGUGGAAUACUCAAAAAUGGUUCCCCGGUUCUUCUGUUAUAAAUGGCAUUUCUGUAGUUCUUUCUCCCCAAGACAAAGAACUUCAGAACUCCCCGAAAAAGCAAGAAAAGAAAAAAUACCAGGCCGAGGUACGACAACAGGGAGAAUUGGAGUCUCUCCACCGCGACAUGAAUGUGGGAUUCGGGAAGUGGGACUUCAGUCCAGUAGAACUGGAAAAUCCAUUUCCAAACAACGAAGGUUCGGUGCACCUAUGGCAAGGAGAUGAAGAUAUGCUUGUGCCCGUUUCAAUGCAACGCUACAUUGUUCAGAAACUACCAUGGAUUCACUAUCAUGAGUUAGCCGGUGCUGGCCAUUUAUUCACAGAAGCUGAAGGGAUGUGUGACAAAAUCAUUAAGGAACUUUUGGAAGGAAAGAAGUGAACAACACUUAUAUAGCUUCUAAGUUUACAUAUAAUGUUCUAAAACUAUUGCGAAACAGAAAACAACUUAGCGAGGCAUGUUCUUCUUUCAUAAUUUGAGUUCUUAGGGACUAAAGUUGCAUUAUUUUGUUUA